AUGGCGCAAAUGGAACAGCAGAUGAGAAGGACCAUGCAUAUGUCUUCUUCAUCUUCCUCCUCGUCUUCCUCCUCCUCCUUCAGUUCCUCCAUCAGCUCCGCCCGGCUGCGAAAGGUCUCUCAGGGCUUGUCCAAGACCUUAGAUGUAGACAUCACUGGGGUACAGCGUAAAACAUCUGCUGUGGUCGAGACCUUCAGUCAAGUACAGAAGACUACCAGCCUCCCAGAGGGGGAGUCUGUCCCAGAUUUUGAGGAAAAACUACGCCCUAUCACAGCACAAGAGGGUGUCGGUGCAGCUUUCAAAGCCAAGGUGUCAGGGAGGCCCAAACCCCAAGUUCGAUGGCAGCGAGCCAGUGGCGCUCCGCUGUCGGAGGGCACAAAGUUGUUCUACGACGACAUCAACAAUCAACAUAUACUCAAGAUAAAAAUCCUGACCCUUGAGGAUGCCGAUGUCUACAAAUGCAUUGCUUCCAAUGAGCACGGCGAAGCCAUCUACAGCAUAUCGCUUAUUGUGACAGAAAAUCCAGCACUGGACUUUAAAAAAAAGCUGAAGAAAUGCAGUGUGGAGAAGAGAGAGGAGAAGAAGCCUCCAACAGAAGAGGAGAUGCUGAAGAUCUUGUCUGGGGCUGAGAAGAAGGACUAUGAGAGGAUCUGUGCAGAGUAUGGCUUCACCGACUUCAGGGGAAUCCUGAAGAGGCUGAAGGAGAUGAGGAAGAAAGUGGAAGUGGAGUGGCCAUGCAGUAUUCUUCCCCUCAACUUCAGACUGUCCCUGUCCGCCUUCAUCCAAGAUUCGCACUCUGGGUGGAACAACCCUCAAAUGUGGGUGUUCCCUGUCAAAUCUGGCCUAUUGCGUAUUCUCCCAUCGACUCAAGUGGUUCGUGUGCUAAACCCCCUGGAGGACAUCACUGCCAAAGCAGGCAGCAACGUUGUGUUUGAAACCGUUCUGGAACUGAAAGAUCCAAACAUAAGGAUGCAGUGGUUUCUGGGCACAGAACUGCUGCGCCUCCAGUACUCUCAUGGCAAAUAUGAGAUCAAACAGAUGGGAACCAAGCACAUGCUGUGCAUUUCUAACGUGGGCCUGGGUGACAAGGGCACCUACAGCCUGCAGGUUGGAGAUAAGAGACAGUCAGCAAAACUUAAAGUCAUAGAUGAACCUCUGAAAUUCCUGUCUGAGUUCAAGCCCGAAAAAGUGAGAGAGCGCCAGACUGCUGUGUUUGAGGUGCGUCUCUCCAAGAAGACCAAUGCUCCUCUGAUCUGGAAGGUGAAAGGAAAGGAGGUCAAAAGGGAUGAAAAGUUUAAUGUGUCGCUGUCUGAAGAUGGUCUGACCUACACCUUGAAGAUUAAAGAUGUGAAAGUCAGCGACACCGGAGACUACACCAUCAGCAUCGGGGACAUCUCUGCCACUGUGCCGCUUUUCAUUGAGAGGAUUCCCAUCGCCUUCACCAGCCCCUUGAAGAACGUGCGUGCACAGGAGAAAGGCAAGGCCCGACUGGAGUGUGAGAUGAGCUCCAAGGACGUGCACGUUCGCUGGCUAAAGGACGGGAGUGACAUCACAGCCAGCCGACGCUACGCCUUUAUGCGCGAGGGAAAGAGGGCAGAGGUCGUCAUCGAGGAGUGUGAACAAACAGAUGAGGGAGAAUACUCCGUGGUCUGCACUCAGGACAACGACUCGCAGGAAUACGUCACCUGGGCCAGACUCGGCGUGGAAGAGCGCUUUGCUUCGGUUAAGAGUGGCAUGUCAGACCUUCAGUGUCCUACAGGGAGCCCUGCGGAGCUCUGUGUGGUCCUGGAUGACGAAAAAGUGGAUGGAGUGUGGCUGAAAGAUGGACAGGAGAUUACAGGGCGGGGGGGCGUUCAAGUGGUCAAACAAGGAGCUGUCCACAAGUUGAUCUUCUCAGGAUUGACUGAUGCUCACGAGGGCAAGUACACCUUCAGAGCAAAGGGGGCCGAGAGUGAAGCUGUACUCACUGUUGCAGAUCCUCCAGAGAUUGAUUCCUCUGUGUUGGACAUGUUGGGGAGCCAACCAGUAACAGUAAAGGCAGGCCAGACCGCCACCAUUAAGAUCCCCUUCAAAGCCAAACCACCUCCCAAAGUCACAUGGUACAAGGACGGUGUGGAGAUGGUGGAGGAUGAGAGGAUGAAGGUGGAGCGGACUUCUGACAGCACCACUCUCGUGAUCAACAGAUGUGUGCGAGAGGACAGCGGAGCAGUCCAGCUUCGACUAAAAAGUGACUGCGGCACGACCACAGCUCACUUGCAACUCCAAGUGAUUGACCACCCUAAACCUCCUCAAGGCAAGGUGGAAUUCUUGGAGCUUUCCAGGAAGUGCAUCAAGAUGAAGUGGAAGCAUCCCAGGGACAAUGGCGGUAAGGAGGUGACCAGCUUUGUGAUGGAACGUCGUGAGGCCACUAAGAAGUCGUGGACCAGGGUGGGGGAAGUCCAAAGCAGCUCGACUGUCUUCAGCGACGACACAGUGGAGGCGGGGCAAGUUUAUCAGUAUCGCAUUAGAGCCGUCAACUCGGAGGGAAUGAGUGACCCUCUGGGGACAGAGGAGGUGUGUGCCGGAGAGCCUAUAGAGCCUCCAGGCACGGCCUCCCAGCUUCAGGUGUCUGAUGUCACCAAGGACGCCAUGACGGUGAGCUGGAACCCGCCAGGUCAUGAUGGAGGAGCACCAGUUCUUGGCUACAACCUGGAGAGAAGAAAGAAGGGGAGCAAUAUGUGGCUGCUGGUCAACAAGGAGCUGAUCCCAGAUUCUAAAUUUGUGGUAGACGGGCUGAUUGCUGAUGUGGAAUAUGAGUUCAGAGUGACCAGUGUAAACCAAGCAGGGUCAGGUAGUCCCAGCAAUAGUUCCAACGCUGUUAUGGCCAAAGACCCAAUACGAGCUCCCAGCUUUGUGAAGAACUUGCUUGUUUCGGACUCCACCAACACAUCCAUCUCUCUGAGCUGGACACCUCCAGAGCAGGGGGACACACCCUCAGGUUACGUCCUGGAAGUCCGCCCUGAAGAUGCCAAAGAGUGGACUAAAUCUACAAAGAUCCCCAUUGCUGGCACCGGCUUCACAGUGGGGGGACUUCAAGAGCGAAUGAAAUACCACUUUCGUAUCCGGGCUGUGAACGAAGGAGGGUUGGGGGAGCCCACUGAACUGUCUGAAGGGGUCCUUGCGAUGCCUCCUCCUGUGGCUCCCAGGUUUGAUCCUCGGGGUAAAAUGAAGAGUCAGAUGGUGGUUUGUGCAGGAAGUACACUCUGUCUUCAGCUGAGCUUCACUGCCUCCCCCCCACCAGUUGUAACCUGGUUCAAAGAUGGCAGCAUCACCACAGGAAGAGAAGUCAUCACCAAAAGCAACAAUCACUCCCAGUUCCUCCUCCCCUCCUCCCAGCGGAGUGAUUCUGGAGAGUACCGUGUCCACCUGAAGAACGACUUCGGAGAGGCUCACCAUAACGUCAAUGUCAGGGUUACAGACUUCCCUCGGCCCCCAAAGAACCUCCGCUUGGUGGAAGAGGUCCCGGGGACUGUGACCCUACAGUGGGAUCACACUCCAGACCUGGUUGAUGAUAAUGAAGGAGCCCAUUACGUCAUCCUUAAGCGAGAUACCAGCACUCCUUCGUGGUUUACCGUGGCUGAGUGUGUCUUCAGCAGCAAGUACACCGUCACCGGACUGCUGCCGGGGAGGAAGUACUAUUUCAGGGUUGUAGCGCAGAACUCUAUCGGAGACAGUGAUCCCUUAGACUCAAGUGAAGCGCUCAUCAUCGCCAGGGAAAGAGAGUGCAUCAGCAGUCUUCGCCUGAAAGAAUAUGCUGCACCCCCCCGUCAGGUGAAACCUUCUUUCCUUCUUCCCCUGAAGGACCACGCUGUGCACCGAGGCCACGACUGCACCAUGAGCUGUGCCUAUCAGGGCAUGCCAACGCCGCGGGCCUCCUGGUACAAAGGAGAGUCCAAGAUGUCUGACCGCCCUCGCUUUUGGCAGAGGACGGCUAAUGGAGUGUGCACUCUGGUGAUUCCUGUUUGCGCUGUUAAGGAUAGUGGGAAGUACACUCUCGUGCUGGAAAAUCCACUAGGGAUGGCGAAGUGCUCGUGCAGCCUGGUCAUCUUCGAUAAGGAUGACAAGAGCCUGCUGGAGAGUCUGACUAAGCAAGCAAACAAGGAGAAGCUUAUUGUGUAGGAAACCACAUACACACUAGUGUUAUUCACCAUCACUUUGCCCAAAUAUCUCAUCUUUUGAUUGGGGCAAGGUUGUCUUUUGUGCAUGAACUUUCCCUUGCAGUACAAUAAAUGACCAUCAGAGGUCA